GGUGUGAAUAAACAGCCCCAGAGAUGAAAAUGAUGUCUACCCAUCUUCUCAACCCUACACCCCCUGACUGUUUGGCUUUAUCACUAGAGCCCACGCUGUCUCUUCCAUAGGUGGCCCAUCCUCCGAGACAACUGCAUCUGCUGGAACUCUCUGUAAAUACUGUGUACAUAUAUACAUAUCUUAUUUGUAGUUGGUCUGGGGAAGCUCUGGGGGUAUUCACAUGCAGAGCAUUUAACUUGUAGCAGAAGCCUGAGGGUGGGGAAGGUGAAUUUAUAAAACGAUUGAGUUAGUAAGUUACCUUUAUGAAACAUUAAUUUUCUGGAGUUAAACUUGAGGCUUAUUAAGUAAGUAGGCGUUGGUAAUAAUUAUAACACUUAAUUUUUGGAAUGAGAAAAUAUUGUUUUAGUAACACAAGUUGGCUUCCUCACUCAUGAAUUCUGCUUGGUGAAAUAUAAUGUGAUGUGAAAAUGACAGUCUGCCAAAAAGACUUUCCCCUGAGCAACCAGUUUCUCAGUUAAAGAUCGAUCUCCGAAGGGAAACCUGGCCAACCUGACUCACCAACAAAGCAUUCUAUUACUUUCCAUUAAGAUUAUUUUUACGUUACUUGACAACUUAUUUAUGAAUCUUGAUAGAGGAAUGAUUCCAUAGUGUAAUAGAAAAAAUGGACAAGUAUCAGGAUCAAGUCUUGGGGACAAAUAUUCAUUCGUACCACCUCAAUGGUCAUCCGACUCCAUUGCACUUGAUGUAAUAGUAGGGAUCUUAACCCCAAUGUGUUGGGAAAACUCCCAACCUAGAUUCUCGCCACCGUGGUCAUAAUCAUUUCCAACCUCUCUCCUCUAUUGCAACACUAUUGUAGGUUGUUGUAAAUGAGAAUAUUUGAUAAAUUUACCUGGUAAAAUAAAGCUCAAUCAAUAACAAGAAUGUCCAGCAGGAUACUUAUUUUGCUUACACUCGCAGAUACAGGGUUGUCUUAGAAGGAAAUAUUAUUCGGUAUUUAGGUGCUUCUGUUUAAUGUGUGGGGUGAGGCUCAUGCAGCCGGAAAUGUCUGUAAUCAAGCACCAAAGACAGUUUCUGCUUCAUUGUGAUAUGUUUCCUGAAACAUCCUCGGCCUCACCUCAACUAAACUGAUGGCUAGUUGCCAACCAUUUCAUUGGUGUUUAAUGUUCAUGUGUUUUUGACCAUUCAAAUACAUAAAGGCUGUUUUUUCUGAUUUAAAUUUGUUGACCACAAUGUACUGUUAGUUUAUUAAACCACUGAAAAUCUAUCAAAGGUGGUUGUCUCCUCAUUUAAAAAAUAUUCUGUUAUUAUGGCCCAAUAAUCUCUCACCAAUUUAGUGGAAAUUGCUUUCCUCGGUUAUCUUUCAAACCAGUGGCCAAGAAGAGGACAAGGCAAGAAAGCCACCAGACCAGAUGGAAAUAGCCAUACCUGGUGUAAUAGUGACUUUAAAAAAAGGAACUGAAUGUACUACUGCACUGUAGUAGAUCAUUAGACGUCCGUUCUAUUAAAAUUGAAUUAGUUCGAUGUGGACAUUUGAACUUUGUACCUUUUAAAAGGUAUUGACGUUGCUUACAUUCCAAUGCCGUCUGACAAAUGACAAUCUGUCUAUUUCCCCGGAUGACAACCAAUGAGAGUUGAGUAGAGGCGGGAUGUUUACACUGUUAGCCAAAUAAAAUACAUUGGUUGUGCCACUUAGAGUAGUCAUAUUCUAGUCACACCUUUUACAGACUGUAAAGACAGAUGUUCCAUCUGAUCGCAGAAUUUAUUUCUGUGCCCAUCAAUUCCUCAGCUGGCUGUAAGAAGAUCCGUCAUCUCCUCUUGACUUGGUGACCUGCUGUCUUACCAUGGCUGAGAAGCUAGCUUCCUUUGGUAAGAUGCUGCUCAGGCGGCGAGCGCUGGACUGUAACCAGGAAGAGAGCCACUUCGCCCGCUGCCUGAGCACACUGGACCUGAUAGCCCUGGGGGUGGGCUCCACUCUGGGGGCCGGCGUCUAUUUGCUGGCUGGAGAGGUGGCCAGGGAGAAGGCCGGCCCAGCCAUCGUGCUCUGCUUCCUCAUCGCAGCGCUCUCCUCCGUCCUUGCUGGUCUGUGUUAUGCUGAGUUUGGUGCCCGUGUGCCAAAGACUGGUUCAGCCUACAUGUACAGCUAUGUGACAGUGGGGGAGAUCUGGGCCUUCAUCACUGGUUGGAACCUCAUCCUCUCCUAUGUCAUAGGCACAGCCAGUGUUUCUCGGGCCUGGAGCUCCACCUUUGACAACCUGGUUGAACAGAAGAUCUCAAACUUCUUCAGAGCCUCCAUGUCCAUCAAGGUCCCUGGGAAGAUUCUGGCUGAAUACCCAGACCUCUUCGCCCUCAUCCUGAUCUUGCUGCUCACUGGCCUGCUGGCGUUUGGAGUGAGUGAGUCGGCCCUGGUGAACAAGAUCUUCACGGGGGUCAACCUGGUGGUGCUGGGCUUCGUCAUCAUCUCAGGACUGGUGAAGGGAGAUCGUACUAACUGGAACCUCACUGUCGAGUACUUUGUCAACACGUCCAACAUCACUGAUACAGAGAUCAUUAAAGAGAAGUUUGGCAAUGGGGGUUUUGCUCCAUUCGGCUUCAGUGGAGUCCUUUCUGGUGCAGCAACUUGCUUCUAUGCCUUUGUGGGCUUCGACUGCAUUGCAACCACAAGUGAAGAGGCCAAGAACCCCAUGCGUUCCAUCCCCAUCGGUAUCGUGGCUUCUCUGCUCAUCUGUUUCUUUGCCUACUUCGGGGUGUCUGCAGCCCUCACUCUCAUGAUGCCCUACUACCUGCUGAACAAAGAGAGCCCGCUGCCAGAGGCCUUCAAGUAUGUGCACUGGGACCCUGCCCGCUACAUCGUGGCUGUGGGCUCCCUCUGUGCACUCUCCACCAGUUUACUGGGCUCAAUGUUCCCCAUGCCCCGUGUAAUCUAUGCCAUGGCUGAGGACGGCCUGCUCUUCCGUUUCCUCUCAAAGAUGAACAUCAAAACCAAGACCCCCCUGUUAGCCACCAUCGUGUCGGGUAUUGUAGCAGCCCUGAUGGCAUUCCUGUUUGAUCUGGCAGCCCUGGUGGACCUGAUGUCGAUAGGAACUCUCCUGGCAUACACACUAGUGGCUGUGUGCGUGCUUAUCCUCAGGUACCAACCGGGCACCCUGGGUGUCAGUGGUGCCAGUGAGAAGCUGGUGGAGCUGGUGGGUCUGCAGAGGGCAGCCGUGGCAGAGGGGGACAGUGGGGAUGAGUUUGGCCAGGAGAGUGAGGGGGAGACCAGGCCCCUCAGGGAGCGGUUCAUCUUCAAGAUGCUGCUGGUGCCCAGCUGUGACGUCCCAACCAAGACCUCCGGGCUCAUCGUCUACAUCACUACCGCUGUCAUCUCUGUGGUGUUCACCCUGCUGUGCAUAGUGCUGUCUGUGUGUGGGAUAGAGGUGGUGAGUGGCAACCCAGUGUGGGUCACCAUAUGUGCGAUACUGGCCGCCUUCUCCUUCCUGUGUGUGGUCAUCAUAUGGAGACAGCCCCCGAGCAGACAGUCACUCACCUUUAAGGUACCCCUACUCCCAGUGUUGCCAUUGGUCAGUAUCUUUGUCAACAUUUACCUCAUGAUGCAGCUGGAUGGGCCAACUUGGUGUCGCUUUGCAGUGUGGAUGACUAUUGGUUUUAUCAUCUACUUUGGUUACGGGAUUAAGAACAGCUCAGAGGCCACACCCAACCGUGGUAAAUUUGAGCCAGUCCUCCGAUCAAAGAGCCCCAACUUCCUGGCAGAGGAUGACAAUGAGGUGGAAGGAAUGAUGCCUUAGAGGAGAAUAGUGGUAGAGUAGAUGGUAUUUGCCCCAACGACAUAUGACGCAAGCCUUGAACAGGUGCACAUUCUUAUCUGUUUGUUUUUUAACUGUCUGGGAAUUGUGCCACAAUAGACUCUUAACUUUCUGUCUUAUUCUUCUUCUGAAAUGGAUUAAAUUAAUGUUUUCCCUCAUCAAUCUACACACAAUAAUGAAAAAGGCAAAAACAUUUUUUUGGAAAUGUUUUGCAAAUUUAUUGAAAAAUAUUUAAAAAAUACCUUAUUUCGGAAUUGAGCUCAGGUGCAUCCUUUUUCCAUUGAUCAUCGUUGAGAUGUUUCUACAACUUGAUUGGAGUCUACCUGUGGUAAAUUCAAUUGAUUGGACAUUAUUUGGAAAAGCACACACCUGUCUAUAUAAGGUCCCACAGUUGACAGUGUGGAAGAAGUUUGGAACCACUUAGGCUCUUCCUAGAUCUGGCCGACCGGCCAAACUGAGCAAUCAGGGGAGAAGGGCCUUGAUCGGGGAGGUGACCAAGAACCCGAUGAUCACUCUGACAGAGCUCCAGAGUUCCUCUGUGGAGAUGGGAGAACCUUCCAGAAGGACAACCAUCUCUGCAGCACUCCACCAAUCAGGCCUUUAUGGUAGAAUGGCCAGAUGGAAGCCAAUCUUCAGUAAAAGGCACAUGAAGUUUGCCUAAAGCCACCUAAAGGACUCUCAGACCAUGAGAAACAAGAUUCUCUGGUCUGAUGAAUCCAAGAUUUAACUCUUGGGCCUGAAUGCCAAGCGUCACGUCUGGAGGAAACCUGGCACCAUCCCUACGGUGGAGCAUUGUGGUGGCAGCAUCAUGCUGUGAAGAUGUUUUUCAGCAGCAGGGAUUGGGAGACUAGUCAGGAUUGAGGGAAAGAUGAAGGGAGAAAAGUACAGGGAGAUCCUUGACGGAAAUCUGCUCCAGAGCGCUCAGGACUUCAGACUGGGGCGAAGGUUCACCUUCCAAGAGAACAACGACCCUAAGCACACAGUCAAGACAACGCUGGAGUCGCUUCAGGACAAGUCUCUGAAUGUCCUUGAGUGGCUAAGCCAGAGCCCGGACUUGAACCUGAUCGAACAUCUCUGGAGAGAUCAGAAAAAACACUCUUCAUCCAACCUGACACAACUUGAGAGGAUCUGCAGAUAAGAAUGGGAGAAACUCUCCAAAUAUAGGUGUGCCAAGCUUAUAGCGUCAUACUCAAGAAGACGCAAAGCUGUAAUCGCUGACAAAGGUUCUUCAACAAGGUACUGAGUAAAGGGCCUGAAUCCUUAUGUAAAUGUGAUAAUUAUUUUACAUUUUAGGAAAAAAAAGAGAGAAAAAUUAAACCUGUUUUGGCUUUGUCAUUAUGUGGUAUUGAGGGGAUAAUUUAUUUUAAAUCCAUUUUAGAAUAAGGAUGUAACGAUGUGGAGAAGGUCAAGGGGUCCGAAUACUUUCCGAAUGCACUGUAUAUACUCUGUCAACAUGAACUUGCCACAUUUCUGCAUAUCUAAAUGUUCAAAGGGUUCUUUGUAUCAAUGAAGAUGUCAUUUAGGUGUUACAAAUGGUAAGGAUACAGAGUUUCUCCACUUUAACAUGUUAUUCUAGUGCCUGGUUGUUUCUGCCUCAAUUCAGCCAUUUUCCCCCAAAUGACAUCUGAUCUCUAGUGUCUUUGCCCUGUGAGUCAGUAAGCACAUAAACAGUGUUUUUUGUCCUUCUGUCCAUGUAGGUCAAUCACUAUGGUUUUAUUUGUGUUCUUUGAGGACAGGCAAUACCAAGCAGAGUGUCAAACAACCCCAGAACUCACUGUCUGCACUAUAGAGAGAUGAUUGACAAUUCAAUUAAAUUGUCAGAGUUGACAGUCCUUACCCAAAAGUUCAAAUUUUUAAUAUUCUUUUAAACAAUCAUUUAUAUAAUUUUGUUUAAAUAUUUAUACAGAAACAUGCAUGUAUAUUUUUGUUAGAUACAUAUAUAUAUAUAUAUAUAUUUAUGUAUGUUCAAAUGUUUUUUAUUUUUAAGAGCUGCCCAAAUAAUUAUUCGGUUUAAAAUUAUUCUCUCAAAGGCUAAAAGGUAGAGAUUGUGUUAUGAGAGAAAUAACUUAUUUUUGUACCAUGAUGAUAUACAAACUCUACCAAAUAGAGAGAGAUGUCUGUAGGAAGGUACACUGAGGAGGGGGGAAGGGGGGGGUUGUAUAUUCAGCCCAAAACUGACACUGGUGAAAGGCAGAGAAGGGAUUCCAAUACAUGAACCUAGUAUAAUUUCUAGAGUUGCAUUAAAAGGCUUUCAGGUUACAUUUCUGUUCGAAGGUCUUAGGCUUGUGGUACAUGUUACCCACCUGACUGGUUCCCAUGUAUAAUUGUGUCAUUGAAAGAGGGGCCUGGGUUUUAAUCGCUAACUCUGAGUGUCUAACUGAAUGUAGUAAUAACUUGAACUGAAAAGCCCACCAGCCUCAGUCAAGUUUUGUUUAUAGAAACUUUGUGUGGUGUUGUUUACAUCAACUUUGUGCUGUUUAACUAUGUGCCUCAGUCUACAUUUCAGUUGCUCACUUCAAGGGUAUAAAACUGUCAUUUGUAUUCUAUGCCUGUUUGAUGUGAAAAUUGUCUCCACAGAUUAUCAAUUACAAUUGAUAUCUGCUAUUAUUGGUAUCAAAUUAAGAUUUUAAGGUCAAGACAGUCUGGUCUUAUUGAAAAAUGGGCUAGAAAACAACCUACAAAUAGCUGUGAGUGAAAGUGGGGAUAUUUUCAGACUCAUUGUUUCUAAAAAACAACUUUGAAAGGAGAGGUUAUGAUUUCAUUAACAAUGAAUAUCGUUUGUGCUUGACUUUCUCCAUUCUCUCUGUUUUGAGCUUUUACAAUGUUAUUUUGUCAGUUGAACUGUUUACUUUCAAGUACAUGUGUAUAGCGGUUUGCUAAUCCUUUUUUUUUUUUUUUUUUUUCAGAAAUGUUUUAUUUUUACUGUCAAGAAAACAUACAAAGUACCAGAAAAGGCAGUGUAACAAAAUUGUAGAACAUUUUUCUUUAUUUCAUAGACAGUACAUUAAACACUUUCCCUGUAUCUUCUAUAGAACAUAAGAGCACUAAUGAAUUGAACAUAAGGCAAAUGGGCUUAUAAAACUUUGCAAAUCACAUGAAAAAAAGUAAAUGGAUCACUAAAGCUGCAUUGUGUUUAACGCCAACAAUUAUUUAUAACAUAAAUAAUAACCCACUUUGGCUUCCCAAUUAAAGUCUCCUGUCCUCUCUUA